AUGCAUAGCUUGAAAUGCUGCUCCGGCUCUACUCUUCUCUUUGGUACUCAGAGUUGUUCAUUCUGCAAGGUUCAGCCGGCAAUACGAAACAGCCCGUUAUUACUGAACAGUCGUCAUUGCUGUGGCUUUCCCCUGGUUCAUGCACAUAGCACCCCACCGCUAGGCUCAUCGAGCAGUGCUUUGACAUUCUGUCAGCAGCCUGUCAAGCCCACUGUAACUUCCAUUGGUAACUCUCUCAUUGUAGAAGCGGAACAGAAACAUGAAGCCAUUUUGUACACCGCCAAGGUUCAAAACUCGGCGGAAGCAAUGUCUGCUAUAAUCGUCCGCCGUCCGCCGCGCAGCAAAGGCUGCAAACAGUGCAUUUCACGGCGCGUCAAGUGCGAUGAAAGACCUGGAUGCUGUAAACAAUGCGCUCGUUUUGGAUUGUCUUGCUCAGGAGCAAUUCGCGGGGCAGUCUUUCUCGACAUGACUGAAAAGGUAUCCUGCAGUAUGUUGAAGCCAAAGAAAAAGAGGAAAAAGAAGACGCAUAGCACGCGAAAAGCUACAGAGAAUCCAGGAUAUGAGUUUAUCACCGAAGAUGAGAUUGCAACAUGCUAUAUCGGUGUCGAGGAGAGCAGCUGUUCAACAGCCCCGUCAUCCUACCGUCGUAUGGCGGAAAGCGAAGAUUCAUCCCUCGACCUUUGUCAGUCUGCCGAUGAAGAUAGAGGCGACAUGUUCCACAGUGUCAUGAUGGACACUUCAAUUACUGGGCUCUCGCUUCUCGACAGCGAUCAAUUCUCCAACUCAGACGUCUUAAACUACGGCGCAUCUAUUCCGCCGGUUCUUGUCACCUCCGCUUACGAUGAAUACUGCUUUGUGAGCAAAUUCACCCAGACGCUGACUAGCUCACGCCGGAACUAUUCCACUCUUAGACCAGAAUCUUGGAUACCCAAGCUUCCUUUCCUUGUUGCGACGAAUUCGUUACCCUGUCCACUCAAGUAUGCGCUACAUGCCGUUGCGCUCUUGCACCAUGCCGUCACUCGUGAUUCUAGAGCUGAAAGACUCGCCAUUGAAUAUUACCUGGCUGGCAUAAAGAGCUAUCGCUCCGUGGUACUUGGCAACCAAGCAGGACAAUCACCGACGACUUCGGUAUCGGAAGAAGAUACAGUAUCAGAAAUGCCUCAUUCAGCGGAUAUUGUGGCAAUUUGUGGCCCAGUGCUAUUCUCAUUCUACGAAUCGCUUCAAGGCGCCGGAUCUGACGCGGAGCUGCUCCAUCACUCAGUAGCUGUAGAGAUGUUGCAGGCUCGUGGUCCUGAGAAAUGCGUUGAUGGCCUUGCUCAUAGUGUGAUGCGGUCGAUGAGGGUUAAAGAGGCAUUUCAUUCCAUUAUGCAAAACCGAUCUGCCAACUUUUCUUCGCCUGAAUGGCUCUCUAUACCGUUCCAGAAAAAGCACAAGAUUUGCUAUGACAGGCUAAUUGAUAUCCUCCUCUCUUUCACAACGACACUACGCCUUCCGAAUAUGAAUCAGAAAGGCGCAAAGUUGAGAAGCUCGAUACACCGCAUCCACGAUCUGCCCACAGCUCGCAAAAGCAAGAUUGAAGAGGGAGCAAUGAUGCUUCUGGAACAAUUACAACACUGGUGGUUAGAAUUUCGAGACGAGCACUAUGAGAUUAUUGCACAAAAUUCCGGAACCUCGCCCGCUGUUGAUGCUGCCUAUGUAGCCGCUGAUUCCCCAUCAUCCGUCCUCCCAUUAUCGGGGCCUUGGAUGCUAGCUAAUAAUGAAACACUCACUUCGAGUAUGGUUUCUAUAUAUAGCGGCAUUCACAUCAUCCUUCACUCUGUUCUUUUCAUCAUCUCAAUAUCUAAACCCCCAGGCUCGAUUGACCCCAGCGGUCAAUCGGAGGCUGAUAUUCACCGGGCCGCAAUUUCGAUGUAUGCGGCGAGCGUCUUCAAUGCUGCCUUGUACCUCAAUAUGGUUAAUCCGUUUUGUGGCGAUGCUAUGCGGACAAAGUUCUCUAUAAAUAUCGUUGCUCAGUUUGCGUUGGAAGACUCGCAGCGGGAUGAAGCUCAGCAAAUGCUCAGCCAGUGGAAGCUUCGAGACACGGCAUCUCCUAGAUGA